GCCGGCGGGACAUCAUAAUCCCCUGCCUCGAAUUUUCAGAGCCAUAAUUCUCAUGAAAUCGUCUUUCCUUCCCCAGCGAUGGCCGUCGAAGACAAUGAAACCACACCGCUUCUCCCUGGAGCCUCAGGAACGGAUAGGAAAUCGAGAAUAAAAAGCAAAUUACGGGAGCGGGUCGAUGUCAAAGACUGUAUACCGAUAUUGAUAUUGAUGAAUUUUAUUACCGGGUUCCUGGAUGCAAUAUCGUAUACUACGUUACGGAUCUGGGCAGCAUUUCAAACCGGGAAUUCUAUACAGCUUUCUCUAGCUUUAUCUCGCCUUACCGCACUCCCUAAUGAGAUUCCCGAGCACUCGUCCCGACUUUCCCAUGCCUUUACAACGUCUGACUUGGUCGCUAUCGCUUCGCUUUCCUUCUUCAACCUCGGAGCGUGGGCGGGUGGUUACCUCUUCAACACCCCAGCCGGGAAAACAAGAGGAUGGAUGAUCCUCUCGACUACUAUUCAGAUCUUUCUUACCAUCAUUUCUGCCUUGGUGGUCUUACAUCCUCAACCCGACGAUAGCGAUACCAGGAUGAGAAGGCACAUCUCGUUGGUUGUCAUAGCGAUUAGCCUUGGAAUGCAAGGUAUUCAGGCAAAGAAGUUGGGCACAUCACAAUUUGGGACAUCGUUGGUUUUAACCACAGCUUGGGUUGAUAUGAUGAAUAGUCCGAUAUGGGUGCCAAAUAUCCGAGACAGCAAAGCCCUACCUAUCAUUUCACUCAUAUUUGGAGGCUUCGUUGGGGGUAUCAUCCUUCGGUACUCUGAUAUCUUCGUGGCACUUGGCGCAGUUGUGUUGCUUAGGACUUGCAUUGUUAUUGGAUGGUGGAUCGUCCCGACCGUCUCUGCUACCUAAAGUUACCUAAAGUUAGAGGACAGCACACGAGGAACGGUGUGUGCUUUCCCAGAACUUUGUAACUUAUUGUUAUCAAUCGCCUAUCUUUAUCUUGCUCCAACGUAUCGGAACGAGUACCACUUGAAACUUUUGACAGUACGGUCGGAUCCAACAGUCGCACGAGUUGUCCCUCUCCCCUAAAUAGCCUGAAGGUCCCCGAGAAGGGCAAAGCGAUGCUUUAUAACCACCCUACUGCGUACUGAGACUCAAGCCCACCAACCUAAUCUAUGGAAAUAGGACGGGGUGAAUCCAUAUGGCAGUCGAGCCAUAUAUACGAACGUUCUUCGGAAAUUGCCGCCUCUCUUCCGACUUUAAAUCGCGACUUGGAGCCAGCUGUUUUAGUCACAUUACAUACUAUUACCUUGCGUUGACAUGCAUAUGAUAAUCUGAA